UUUUAGCGUUCAAUUCAGUUAGCUGGUUGCACAGGUAUCGUUAUCGUGCUUCUACGUUAUGGCUCCGUAGCUUCUCUCGCUUGCUCGCAAACUACUAGAUGUUGUGCUUGUGUCCUAAUGGUCUGUGUAAACAACUACGUGUUACGACUAAAUUGAUAUGUGAAUUGCAAUGAAAUUGCAUGCCAUACAGUGAUUGUCAAAGCCAUUACAUUACAACUAGUUUUCCAUAUGGGCUAAAGUUAACUGCGCUCUUGCGCUGACAGUUAGCUACCUAGCAUCUGAACGAACCCGCUAGCAUUAACUAGUUAGCUUGCAAGUUGCUGAAGAUGGUCACAUGAAUUAUGUGUUUUAAUUAAUUAUUAUACAUCCAUAUUUGUUGCCGAUUACGAUGUUUUCUACAUCCUCAAAACAACUUUUACAAGUUGAAUUAUUACAGUUAACUACAUAGUUAACGUGAAAUGAGACUGCCGCUUUGAAGAGACAAGUUACAAGAAUCGUGUUGUGUUUUGAUAUCCUUCCGUGGUAUUUGUGCGGCCCUCCGAUCAAUUAUAAUUAUGACAUUUCUUAUUGCGUGUAUAAUACCAACCAACUAGUUGUCAUUUGCAGAUCAAUACUGCUUAGUGAAACGAUUUUGUGUAACCUGUACUGCGGUCUUUCAAAAUACUGUAACUACUAAAUGUCAGCUGUCAAGUGUAAGUCUAAAUGUCAACAGUUGAGUUUGUGAUAGAAGUAAUUACGGUAGGAAAUCAAACGUUUUCCAGAAUGCAGUGCACGAAGUCAUGGUCAAAAUGUGGCUUGGGGUUGCACACGAUUCAUGGUAAGGGAAGGCUUCUUUGUGAGGUAUCAAUCUGUAGGCAAGUCUAUUCUAAAGUCACCCCUGACUCCGACAAGGAUUUUAAUUGAACAAAUUGACCGUUCUGAUGGCUCACAUACCACUACAUGAAAUGAUUUGAUUACACAUGCAUGUGCCGAUGACUGCUACAAGUGGAAGGGACAUACACGAAGUGGAGAAAGGAACCCAUUUUAUGGGCGAAUCCUCUUUCCUGGACUCCUGGGUGCAACAAAAUAUUGAUAUUAUGGACGCUGCCCUUGAAUCGAUCAUGCAGGACCUGGCUGAGCUGCACCGCUCCAGCAAGCCUGCCGCCAUGCUGGCAGACCUGGCCAAGCCCAAGGCCUCCUCGCCCAAGAACCAGAAUGAUGUUCGGGUGAAGUUUGAGUACAGAGGUGAAAAGAGGAUUCUGCAGUUUCCCCGGCCCCUGAGUCUUGAUGACCUCAGCACCAAGGCGAAAGUAGCCUUCGGCCAGCCCAUGGACCUGCACUACACCAAUAACGAGCUGGUGAUCCCGUUGACCACGCAGGAUGACCUGGAUAAGGCGGUGGAGCUGCUGGACAGGAGCGUCCACAUGAAGAGCCUCAAGAUCCUGCUGGUGCAGCAGGUGUCCACGCAGAACUCUGUUUCCAGUAUGGAUCUGUUGCCAUCUCGUGAAAGCCUGGACAACACAGACUUCAGAGGUUCCACGGACCGCAGCUCCCCUCCUCCCGGCUACAUCCCUGACGCUCUGCAGCAGGUGGCUCGGAACGGCUCCUUCACCAGCAUCAACAGCGAGGGAGAGUUCAUCCCCGAGAGCAUGGACCAGAUGCUGGACCCGUUAUCUAUGAGUAGUCCUGAGAACUCGGCCUCGGGCAGCUGUCCCUCUCUGGACAGCCCUCUAGACAGUGACAGUUACCCCAAGUCCCGAAUGCCCCGCGCUCAAAGUUACCCAGACAACCACCAAGAUUUCCCAGAGUACGACAUCCCCGUGUUCGAGAAGUCCGGCAAGGGUGGCACGUAUCCACGGCGAUACCACGUCCCCUUCGGUCUCCAGGACUACAGUGAUGGGCGUAAGACGUUCCCGCGGGCGCGGCGGACGCAGGGUCAGGGCGUGCGGUCCCCGGUGAGCUUCAGCCCGGUGGAGCAGCAGUCUCCCAGCACCAGCAGCGGCAGCAGCAUCUUCAGCCCCGAGCUGGACGAGCCCGGAGGGUUCCGCCGCCGCAGAGGCUCCGACAUCAUCGAGCCCAGCCCCGCCCCCAACUCCGCCUCCAACCCCGCGCCCACCCUCUCCGUCAUGGACAUCAGCCCGCCCAGCCGCUCUCCGCGUGCCCCCACUAACUGGCGCCUGGGGAAGCUGUUGGGUCAGGGUGCGUUCGGCCGCGUCUUCCUCUGCUACGACGCAGACACCGGACGAGAGCUCGCCGUCAAGCAGGUGCAGUUCGACCCCGACAGCCCCGAGACCAGCAAGGAGGUGAGUGCUCUAGAGUGGGAAAUUCAGCUCCUGAAGAAUCUGUUCCAUGAGAGGAUCGUCCAGUACUACGGCUGCCUACGAGACACACACGAGAGGACACUCUCCAUCUUCAUGGAGUACAUGCCAGGGGGUUCCAUUAAGGACCAGCUGAAGGCGUACGGAGCCCUGACGGAGAACGUGACGCGCAAAUACACACGGCAGAUCCUGGAGGGCGUGUCCUAUCUCCAUAGCAACAUGAUCGUCCACAGAGACAUCAAAGGGGCCAACAUCCUACGUGAUUCAGCCGGUAACGUGAAGCUGGGGGACUUCGGCGCAAGUCGGCGUCUACAGACGAUCUGUCUCUCGGGGACGGGAAUCAAGUCCGUGACUGGAACGCCGUACUGGAUGAGUCCGGAGGUCAUCAGCGGGGAGGGAUACGGACGGAAAGCGGACAUCUGGAGCGUGGGCUGCACGGUGGUGGAGAUGCUGACGGAGCGGCCGCCGUGGGCGGAGUUCGAGGCGAUGGCGGCCAUCUUUAAGAUCGCCACGCAGCCGACCAAUCCGGCGCUGCCGGGACACGUGUCAGACCACUGCAGAGACUUCCUGAAGCGCAUCUUUGUGGAGACCAAGCAGAGACCCGCCGCCGAGGACCUACUGAGACACAUCUUUGUUCACUAGAACCCCCCCCCCCCCCAAACCCCAAACCCCCCCACCCCACUCCAGAACUAUGUUCUCACCCCCCCCCCCCGAACCCCCACCCCUCCAUAGUCCCGCCCCCCAACUCCCUCUGGCCUAUCAGCUACCGCCCCCAAGUGUCUGUCAGCUCCGCCCCUACCUCUACCAGCACUCCUGAUUGGACCAGAGAGGAAAAAUGGGAGUGGCUGCAGAGGACAGGGCCACGCCCCUGUGUUUUUUCGUCUUUUGCAAGAUGGCGAAGAUUUGGGGCGGGGCUUUUUUUUUGUUGUUGUUUGUUGUUGUUGUUGUUGUUUUUGUUUUUGUUUGUGUUUAGAUUCUGAAAACGUUGCACCUUAAUUUCCCAUUGGGCCUGAGAGCUCAGAGACUGUCGGAUGUUUUCGACGCGGAGACUUGUCGAAGUUCCGACUCUUUGUAUUUGACUUUUUUUUACUUGUGGACGACGACGAGAAGAAGGAGGUCGGAGGUCGGAUUGUCGGAGAGAGUCGUGAGUUCUGAGGAGAUCCGGUGAGGUUCCGUGUUCCGCGCCGCGUGUGUUUACAGCCGGCGGGAUGGAUGUGCUCCGGACCCGUUCCAGAAUGUAUCGCCAGCCCCAGAGCUCCACUGGGGCCUCACCACGCUGCUAAACACAACACACACACACACACACACACACACACACACACACUGUUCUCUCAUGAAAACAAACAAACAGACAGACAGACAGACAGACAGACAAACAAACACCAACGAACAACACAGACCACAGGGUAUGGAGAAAAACUCCCACUCGCUUAGUUCAGCUCCUCAAGCUCUCCCGCUUUUGCACAGUCUUUGACUCACACACACACACACACACACACACACACACACACACACACACACACACAUACAUACAUACACACACAUAAACACAUAUGCACACCUGCAUACCCACACACACUCAUGCAUAUCCAGGUACAUGCAUACACACACACAUACCCAGGUACAAACAUACACACACACACACACACACACCCAAGUAGAUGCACACACACAUACCCAGGUACAUGCAUGCACACAAGUGCGCAAAUACCAACAUACUUAAACAUACUUUGGUACAUAAAUGCAAAGCAUGAACAUUAAUAGACAUAACGAAGACUGAUUGAAACAUGCAUACAUACAUACAUGCUUACAAGCAUGCAUACAUACAUACAUACAACAUACAAACAUACAUACAGACAUGCGCACACACCUUCUCUUUCUUUUCAGACUGCUUUUACUGUAGUAUAUCUCACAAUGCUGUAAACAACCCAAUGAAUCUGCUGGACUUUCUCUCUUUGAAAUGCCGUUUCCUAGUUACCAGUCAGUGUCCUUUCUUGUGCUGUCAGGGUUUCUGUUUUGCACCGUUACCCCGCACCAACCCCCACCCCCCCCCCCCGCCCUCCAUCCCCCAUCCUACCCCCACCCCACCCGAGCCUUCUCGCACUCUCACUCUUUACCGGGUGCCUUUCUAGGAAUGUGGAUCUCUUUUUCUCUCUCACUCUUUGACACUUCUUUUCUUCUCGACUUGCUCAAAUUUAACUGUGGCUGUGUCAGGAUCAGUUUGUUAACCACAGAUGUGCAGUCUUUGCUCAUUAGUUCAGUUCACCUAAUGAAAGUAGUCGAUCAGCCCUCUCUCUGCACUGCAGAGCUGGCUGCCUGUAAAGCUGUCCCUUCUCUCUUCAGAAGUGGUGCUCCUUACCACACACACACACACACACACACUCACACACAGUCUGCUAGUAUUCACCUGAAGACAGUUUAGAAACGUAUCUGCAGACAGAGAAGCUGUUUUUCCUCCCUCUGGGUCCUAAAGCCUGUGUGGUUUCACCUCCACCCCCUGUUCCCAGGUCAGCUGUAACGCCCCCUAGCUGCCUAUCUCUGUACUGCUUCUUGUCCUGAUCUCAGGUCAGUGAGGCUACAGGCAUGGCUGAGGGAAAGACGAGGAGAACACACCAAAGUGAAAAGAACCCCAUGGCAGCCGACUGACUGCCCAUCCAGGUUUGGUGCUUGUGUUUGCAGCCUUGCGCUAACAGCUGGUGUCUGUCUGUGGAGCAACACUUCUUCUCCUUUUCCUUUCCUUCCUUUCCUCCUCUCUCUUGCUACCCUUCCCUGUCGUAUUCUCUCUCUCUCCCCACCGCCUUCCACAUCCCCCACCCCAACCCCCCCCACCCACCCAUAAUAGCCUGGACCCUUCAGGUCUCUCUGUCCUGAGUAGGUCAUCUUAGGACUGGUACGUUCUCAUAGAGUGCUGUAUUAGCCGUUAGCGUUAGCUAGCUUGAACGCUCACAUCAGGUACUUUUAACAAAGAAGAAGAGAGGCUUUCCAUAGGGUACAAAAUGUCAGUCCACUCAAUAAUUCUUCACCCCCCCCCCCCCCCCCCACUUCAUGGUACCCUGUUCCGUGUUCUGUUCCGAAGACUCUUAGAACCGACAGAAUGUGUGGGCCUUCAUAGCGCCUCUUUCUUCCUCAGCACUUUCCGUUAGGACUUUGUACAGGACUUUAGCUUGAUAGCACUUCAGGUGGUUUCACAACUCUUGUCACAUUACAACCUGUAAUUCUAUAGACUCAACAAUACUCAACUCAAGACAUCUUUACUUCAGUAGACUUCACAAAUACUCAACGGUACUUCAAAUACUUCUGUGUACUUUUACGAUGUUUAUCUGUACCUUGGUACUCUUAGGUCUCUUCUCAAUACUUACUGUACUUCAAUAUGUCAGUAGACUUCACAGUUCAUGGGAUGGUGCUUUGGUUCUCCUGAGUGGACGGCUGAGGAACUGCCUGUGCUUACCGGCGCUUGAUCGUUCUCUACGCCUGCUCUCUCCGUCGCCCUCUGAUUUUAGUCAGACUACACCACAGUGCUAUAUAAACUCAAUGCCUUCAGACUGGAAGCUAGUUUUUACAGCGUCUGAAACCUGGCUCUUUGUAGUUGCUUUGUCUUUUUUUUUCCUUUUCUUGUUUUCUUUCUUUCUUUUUUUUUGCCUGAAAUACACUCCCAUGGGUUUCCUUCCCUUCCCUUGCUCUCAUACACCCAAACACACCAACAUUCAACGACUCCUGAGGUUUCAGCCCAACGAAUAUUCGUUAUUUGUCGAAAAAAAAGGGCCCAGUUUGUUCUCCAGACUGCCCUUCACCUCUGUGACUGUUCUGGGCGCGGGUUUGUAUGCCAGCCUAGUGUCACGCUUCGCCAACGGCAGCAAGAGCAGUCAUGCCCGUAGCGGUCCAGUGCCAGCUUAGCAGCCUUUAGCGCCAUCCAUCAUGGCACUCUUCAGCCACUCUCCAGCCGUCACCCGCUGUAGUCUCCACAAGCCGAGCGUACUGUAGGGGGCGCUACUUCGGAAAAGGAACACGCUAACUUUUUGUGAAAUUAGCUGACUUGAGUUCAUUCUCUGUGUGUCCAUUAACCGUGUCUGACAGCGUUAGCUUAGCAUAGCUCACUGGAAGUGGCUUAUACCAGUUAGCCUGUAGUUAGCUAAAAGGGUUAGCUAUAGGCUAACUAGUGUAACAUACUUCCAGAGGGGUAUGUAUCCUCUUAUCUAGCUGCGGGGUGGAUAAGCUAAUUUCUCAAAAAGGUGCCAUGUUCCUUUAAGAGCCUGAGAUUCUGAGAUCCUGGCAGAAGUUGGUUGAUGUUUGAGCUCCACAGUCCAAUUAAAUGACGUCCCCCCACCUUCUGUGAUCUUGACGCAGUGUACGGAAACCACUGGUACCAGAAUAGUGUUGGGAAUGUGACCCACUCCUGCGGUUCUGAUUGUACUCUGAGGCCUGUGGCAGAUAUUCUGCUGACGAUCCUGGGCUUCUCUCCUAGUGCAGUUGUCUCUGCUGUUAACACACAUUUCCAGCCGCACCUUGACACCCCACACACACAAACUCCCUGUGUGGACUGAGGGCUUAAGCUGAAUGCAGCUCCACGCCUCACUUCACCACUUUGUGCUCACUGAAGGUCAAGGCCAGGUCACACGAGUGCUGAAGGUCGAGGCUAGUUCACACGAGUGCUGAAGGUCGAGGCUAGUUCACACCAGUGCUGGACACUGCAGGGAUUGACCUGCAAACGAGCCCCGUGAGACACCAUUUUGAAAAAAGAUGGUUGCGGUGAAUUUCGAUCUUUCUUUGGCUAAAGCAGCUAGCCUAGCACGGAUUCAUUGAAAUGAAUGGGGAUGUUACUUCCUCCCUCCAGUUCUACAUAAUACCUCAAUGGCUCAUACACAAUAACCAUCUCUUACUGGUCACGUCUAAUUAAAGUGAACGAAUGAACUAAUUAAGUAACAGCGGCAUGGAUCUGGAUUGUAUAGCCGUCCUGCGUUGCUCAUACGGUUGUUGGCUAGUGUGCGUGCAUACGGGUCUUUGGUGACAGACUCAGCCUCCCGCCAGAGUGGUAGCAAAAGACCUCUGACGUUGGUUUAGUUGGCUAAGUUCAGAGGUCAAUGGCGGCGGCGGUGGUGGUAGCACACUGGCACUCGAUUGGCAGUACCUCACUAUCACCUGCCUUCCCAUCGACCCUCCGUGUCCUACGCUGGUGCAGUUGGUGGCGCAUACUCACUCGUGCCUUGCACCUGGCCGCCAUAGCAGAAGAUCAUAGGAGAGAGACAACUCAACCAGCUAGCCUCUGUUCAUUUCCAAUGAGAGUUAGCAAUUUAGCCGCUGUAUCAGCAGCAACUAGGGAGGCGGGGAGGAAAUAGGCCUAAAGUCUAUUUUAUGCAAAUAUUCAUGUCACGUGACCAGUGGAAGUAAGAGCUGCUUACCCUAUCAGCAGUCGAGUUCGUGCCCGUUUGUUUAGGUCCGUAACCUGGUGACCAUUUCGUCUAUGACUGGGGGAAUGUUCUGAUCCUACUCUGGCUUUCUGGUCCCGGGCAGAGGUGCAUUCUGGGACAGAUCCAGGCUGCCGUUAGCGGGAUUGACCUCAGAUUGACCUCUGGGAUGUCAAGUCAGUUGUGUUGCCAAAGAGAAAACGUGCUUGCAGUUGCAGAUGGCUGUCAAAUGAAGCAACAGUAAGCAGCACUGUUAUUGGCUAAUGGAGUGAACCAUCAGUAAACAGCACUGCUAUUGGCUAAAGGAGUGAGCCAUCAGUAAACAGCACUGCUAUUGGCUAGUUGAGCGGGGUAGGGUUGCCUGCGGUUGCAGCAGAUGGCUGUGGAGCUCUUGGCUAUUGGGCUAAAGGGUAAUGGCCGAGAGGCCAUGGCUCAGCUAGAUCUUCAACUAUAGGGUUGGUAACCACGGUGAUUGCUUGUGCUGGUUGUCAUGACGAGUCACAGUGGAGGGAAUUCUUCCCCACUGAAAUCUGAUGCAUGCCUGUAUGACUGAAAAAAAAAAACAAAGAAGCUUUUCACUUGGAUUUGGCUGGACAUGUUGAUGGGUGCUUGGUCUCCCCCCGUUUGGAAAACAGAAGAGUACUGUGACUCUGAUCCAAGAGGUGGAAUGCAUAUUUCGUUGUGCUGAGACACCUUAAAGGUUUCUCGUUGUACGGACUUGCUCUCUGCAGAGUGUAGUGACGUUAGUGUCUGUGUUUGUACGGUCCUUUUACUUUUGAUGUUGAACUGUUUGCACAUUUUUUGAAACCAUGCCCAGGCCAAAGCGGAACCUGGGGCCGCCUCCGCACCGGAGCCGGGCCGGACCAGAACCACGGUCGAGCGACUGGCCGAGUGGGCCAUUUGUACACUGAUUUUAAUACUUUUGCAAAUUGAAUGCUUGGCACAUGGUGUGUGAGUGAGUGGAGUGAGUUUGAGUGUGUGUGUGUGUAUAUGUGCUUGAGAGAAUGUGUGUAUGUGUGGUUUUGUAUUCCUUUGCUUGUGGUUAAAAUGAAUAGGGGGAAAAAAAGAAAAAUAAGGAUUGAUUUAAAAAAAUCAAAAAAAAAAAUCCUUUUCUUGGAGUGCAAGUGAGAGCAGUCUUGCAGCUUCCUGGGGCAGCUUGCUGGAACGCUAUGCCUGUAUUUUUCCACUAGGUGUCACUCUUACGCUGCUGCCUGUAACACCCCGCUCCCCUGGGCCUAAGUGCAGAGGGAGUGCAUACAGACAGUCUGGGUUUGUCUGAGUACGAGUGAAAUAGCAGGACUGGUGCUGGCUUAUGGUUGAAAAAGAGUCCGCCAUUUUCAAAGCCCCCUGUGUGUGUGUGUGUGUGUGUGUGUGUGUGUGUGUGUGUGUGUGUGUGUGUCUGACUGGACUUGAACAGUUGGCCUCCCCCCCCCCCCCGGCCCUCUUGCCAGAACGGUCCAGUGAAUAUGUGCCAUGGCUGCCACUCCAGCGUCCUUCAGCGUGUGUGUGUGUGUGUGUGUGUGUGUGUGUGUGUGUGUGUGUGUGUGUGUGUGAGAGAGAGAGAGAGCGAGGGAAUGAGCAUUUGUUUUACUUUUAUUUUGUUGGCCUUGGACACUGCGCCCUCAAUGCCUUGCGCAUUCAGACUGUAUGAUGAUUAUACUAAACAAAGGAAAGGUUAAAAAAUGUACAAUUGUAGAAAUUUGAAAUGUAAUUUUUCUUUUUUUUUCUAAAAAGAGAAAAGAACUACACGUAUCUGGUACAAAAACAACAAAAAAAACCAACUAUAGCCCACACGUUUGUCCUCUCUCUUUGUCUAUUGUACAAGAAGCCAUGUUUAGAAAAGAAGAAAAUCUUUUUGGUUUGUGACCAAUACGCCUGUUUAUAUCAAAUCUGUAUAUCAGUGCUACACAUAUUUUUUUUAAUAUAUAUAUUUUUUAUUUGUUGUCUUUUUCUUUUUUAAACCCGAGAUUUAAUGCAUGAUGGUGAGAGGAGACUACACCUUGAGCAGGUCGACUUUAGGAGCAUUCCAUAGAAUGGGCGACAUCAUGUAGGCUACGAGCCAUGGAGGCUGGCACUUUGCAAAUUGUUGAUAAUAAUUAUGACGAUGAAAAUAAUAAAAAAAAAAAGGUAUU